UGUACUACUGUAGCGCCACUUACUGAGCAAAGAGCAGAUUAUGAGAAUGCAAUAACUAUUUUUUUAAAAAUGUCUGUAACCGUUAACUGUAUAAAUUUAGCGCUAAAUCAAAUUUUCUUUAUUGUGCUAGUCCCUUUCUAUUUAAACAUUGAAUACUUAUUUUAAGUCCUUAUUUUUUUCGUUAUAACUUAAUUAUUUUGAAUUAUACCUUAAAUUAAAAAGAUAAAGAUGAAGCAGGUUUUAAGAAUAGCUAAACUCUCUCCAAACGCCAUAGCUCCUUCCAAGGGUUCAAAAUUAGCUGCUGGUUAUGAUUUAUAUAGUGCUUAUGAAUAUAUUGUACCUGCUAAAGGUAAAGUUUUGGCUAAGACUGAUAUUCAAGUUCAAAUUCCACCUGGUCAUUAUGGAAGAGUUGCCCCACGCUCUGGCUUAGCUGUUAAGAAUUUCAUUGACGUAGGAGUCAACAAAGGAGAUCGAAUUGCUCAGCUGAUCUGUGAAAAAAUUUGUUAUCCAGAAUUGGAGGAAGUAGAGACUUUGGAUGAAACUGAGAGAGGAGAGGGAGGAUUUGGCUCAACUGGCAAAAAUUAAUACUUAUGUGAUGUAAAAAGCAUUGUUGUGAUUUAUUUGUGUUAAUAUUUUGUCUUGCAUUUUUCAUCCUACCAUUUAAUCAAUGUAGAUAAGCUGUUUUACUUCAAGCAUUUACCUCGUUCUUGUUAAUAAAGUUUUGUGCUUUGCAA